UUGUCAGUCGACGCGCGUUCAUCUGUUCUCAUCCAACCGCCUCGUGCGUUCGCGUCGUUUCGCUGUGAUGUGGAAUUAAACUAUUACUAUUAUUAUUUAUUUAUUUGUUUUUGUGCGUGCAAUAUAGUGGUCUUUCUAGUGUGUGUGUGUCUGUUUGUGUUUGUGUGAAAAAUGCCCUAAAAUGCAGCGAACGCAUUGGAAUAAGGACAAGCCGGAGGACAGGAACAACAACAGUGGCAGUGGGAGCGAGCAGGAUAGCGGCUGUCAUCAGCGUCUCUUCCUGUGCAUUGCCAAGGCUGUGAAACAAUUCAUCGAUCUCUGCAACAACCUGGGUGCUAACUGCAGCACGACGACAGCCACAUCCCCGUCAGCUUCCUCCUCCUCAGCCAGCAGCACGCAGAACUUAAUAGCGAUUUUGCCGCCACACACACAGCAGCUGCAGGUGCAACUACCGGCGGCACCGGGCGAUGGAGGGGGUGGAGGUGCGCCCGUGAGGCGCCACAUAUCGCAUACGACAGCCGUCAAGUUUCUGUACGCCCGUAAAUUCGACAUACCGCGAGCGGUCUCGCUGUACGAGCAGCAUGAACAGAUCCGCCUCAAGGAGUAUCUCUAUAACAUCGAUCCGGAUGUGGAGCCCUUGCGCUCCGAGCUGCAGACCGGCAAGUUUACCAUCCUGCCCGCCCGCACCUCCAGUGGCGCCGCAAUCGCCCUCUUCACCGCCAACCGACACAGUCCGCUGAGCGUUUCGCACACGACCACGCUGCAGGGCAUCGUCUAUCAGCUGGACAGCGCGCUCCAGGACUCGGAGACGCAGCGCGCCGGCCUCGUCUUCAUCUACGACAUGAGCGGCUCCAAGUACUCGAACUUUGACUACGACCUCUCCCAGAAGAUUCUCACGCUGCUCAAGGGCGGCUAUCCGGCGCGUCUGAAGAAGGUGCUGAUCGUGACGGCGCCGCUGUGGUUCAAGGCGCCCUUCAAGAUCCUGCGUCUGUUUGUGCGCGAGAAGCUGCGCGAGCGGGUGUUCACUGUAUCGGUGCCUCAGUUGGCGCUGCACGUGCCGCGCAAGGCGCUGCCCAUUCACUUGGGUGGCACGCUGGAGGUCGAUCACGCCACAUGGUUGCUCAGCUGCCGCCAAUCGAUGACGAAUCGUGAGGACGAGCUGCUGGCCAAUAUCGUGGGUGUGGCCGGAUCUGGCUCUGCAACUGGAUCGGCGGCAGUGGCCACAAAUGGCACGGAAUCGGCCGAGGCCGCCACAACGGGUGCCACGAUAAUCAGCGCCGUCCAUCUGCUGGGCGAUAACAAUACCACCGUGGUGACGGUCAGCAAUGGCGUGGGUCCAGCUGGAGGAGCUGCGUCCGCGGCAGCGUCAGCAGUGAGCUGCAGUUCCGAGUCCAACGAAAACAUCACAAUCAACGGACUGAGUCCCAGCCACCGUCAGGCGAGCAACAGCAGUAGCAGCGGCAGCAGCAACGCCACAGCAGCCAAUCCCCUCAAGCUCAACACGAGUGGUUCGGCGGAGAACAACAGCACCACCGCCGCCGCCACAGUCGCAGGUGCAGCUGGAGCAACUGGUGGCACCACCACCACCAACGGGGGCGGCGAAUUCUGGUCGGAGAAUCCGCCGAGUAGCGCCUCGUCCGGCUUCAGCGACGACGACAGUCUGGCCGGCCAGGAGGGUGACCCGAAGCCCAUCGAUCAGAUUGUCCAGAUGGUGAAGCAGCGCGGACGCCAUGGGCUGAUCAAGGAGUACGCGGACAUUCGGAAUAGGGCGCCCGAGGGCACCUUUUUGCAUGCGAGGAUGCGCGCCAACCUGACCAAGAACCGCUACACAGACGUCCUCUGCUACGAUCACAGUAGAGUGGUGCUGGCCCACGAAGACGGCGACGAGCCGUCGGAUUACAUAAAUGCGAAUUUCGUCGAUGGCUACAAACAGAAGAAUGCCUAUAUUUCAACUCAAGGUCCAUUACCAAAGACAUCCCAGGACUUUUGGCGCAUGAUCUGGGAGCAACAUUGUUUAGUUAUAGUGAUGACGACGCGCGUUAUGGAGCGCGGACGCGUUAAAUGCGGCCAGUACUGGGAGCCGACUGAAGAAAGUUCCUUAGAGUUUGGCGACUACCAUGUGCGAACAAUUAGCGUUGAGUGCAACGAGGACUAUAUGGUGGCCUCGUUGGAAUUGAGAAACAUAAAGACUGACGAAAUACGCAAUGUCUCACAUUGGCAGUUCACCAGCUGGCCGGACUACGGGGUGCCCAGCUCGGCCAUGGCCAUGCUGAACUUCCUGCAGAAGGUGCGCGAGAAGCAGGCGGAGCUGGUCAACGCACUGGGCGACACAUGGGCGGGCCACGCCCGCGGACCGCCCAUUGUGGUGCACUGCAGUGCAGGCAUUGGACGUACAGGCACAUUCAUCACCCUGGACAUUUGCAUAUCGCGGCUGGAGGACGUGGGCACGGCGGAUAUACGCGGCACCGUGGAGAAGAUCCGGUCGCAGCGCGCCUACUCCAUCCAGAUGCCCGAUCAGUAUGUGUUCUGCCACCUGGCCCUCAUCGAGUAUGCCUAUUCGCGCGGAAUGCUGCAGACCGUCGAUCUGGCGGGCUUCGAUGAGCGCGAACAGGACUCGGAGUAGGCCGUCUCCAGAUGUCUGUGGAAAAGCGGACGGAAAACAACUUGUAUACAGAAUAAUUUUUACUUUUUACCUUCGCAAAUUGGUACACACAGUCUUCAGAAUGGGGCAAAAACGGACGAGAAACCGAAUAAUUCUAUGUUUUACCAUUGCAAAUUGGAGUUGUAACAUUUUUCCGACUAGAUGUUCGUCCUGAUUAUGAUAUAAUAUGAUAUGAUAUGAUGCGAGAGAAACGAUGGGAAGCACCGAUAGAUUCCGAGGUACGAGAAAGUUGAAAAUGUGUAGAGUGUAGAGUAACCAAUUUACGUUAACAUAUUAUUUUUUUUUUUAAAUAUUAUUACAUACCAAGCUAUAGUUGUAUAGCAAAAACAUCUAUAUAUAAACAUUAUUUAAAUUAAAUUUAAACUAAAUGAAAAACAAAUAGCUAAAAAUAAAGAAGAAACAAAAACAAAACAAAAGAAUCAAAACCAGCCGCAUUAGCGAAACAAAGCUAGAAAAUAAACAGCGAAGAGUGUUUAAACAUCAUGACAAAGUUAACUAGAGUCCGAUGAAGAUGUGGAGUACAACGAAGGCAAAUAGGAUCAGGAUCCGGAUCCGGAUGAGGAUGAGAACGAGGACCAGGAUCAAACCGUCCGGCGGAGAGUCAGAAUCGGAGGAGCGGACAAUUCUUGUGCAUUUUGCCCCCCAUCUCAACCCAAGAGGAACCACGGCGAGUUGCAAAUUUCCUAAAAGCAACCAACUAGUUACACACAUAACUUAUAUAGCAUAUGCCUAGAUCUACGUACCGCAUAUAUAUGAAUAUAUGUAUAACGAAUAUAUAACUACCAGAGGAAAUCAGAUAUAAGCACUGUUCAAUGUUGUUGCCCACGAAAAUAGCCCAAGGGAAGAGGUGAUCUUCUCCAGCCUGCCCUCCUGGCCGCAUCUUCUCCAGAUGUGACCCAAACCGAAACCCCCCACCCCCCAAAAAACUCUUCGCCUCCCAGCUGUUAAAUGUGUUUUUUGUUUUUACCCCCUUUUUUUGUUUUUGCUAAUUCUUUACAAAUAUUUAUAAAUAGAGCAAAAUUAAGUGUAUUAUCGUGCAGAGGGUCGUAGUGAAUUUUACUAACAAUUAUUUUACCAACUAAACAUAAAUAGUUGAAAGCGCCGAAAGCGAGUAUUACAGAAAACAAGAAAAUAAGAAACAUAUAUCUAACAUGCCUUCUUUCCUACAUAUUUCAUAUGCCAAGCGAAUCUAAAAC